AGCAUCAUCAUGCCUGAGCCAGCAAAGCCCGCGCCCAAGAAGGGCUCAAAGAAAGCCGUCACCAAGAGCGCCGCCAAGAGUGGAAAGAAGCGCAGGAGGUCCAGGAAGGAGAGCUACGCCAUCUACGUAUACAAAGUCCUGAAGCAGGUUCAUCCCGACACCGGCAUUUCUUCAAAGGCGAUGGGCAUCAUGAACUCUUUCGUCAACGACAUCUUUGAGCGCAUCGCCGGUGAGUCUUCUCGUCUCGCUCACUACAACAAGCGCUCCACCAUCACCUCGAGAGAGAUCCAGACCGCCGUGCGUCUCCUGCUGCCCGGUGAACUCGCCAAACACGCCGUGUCUGAGGGAACAAAGGCCGUCACCAAAUACACGAGCUCCAAGUAAAGCCGAAAGUACCCAAUCUGAACCCAAAGGCUCUUUUAAGAGCCACCCAAGGUUUUCAGAAAAGAGUCUUCUAUGUAACUGUCCAUUCGAAUAACCUCAACAUGGUUAAGCUUAAAAAAAAUGUUAGUU